GCGCGCUCCCGUAACCAUUAAUCGAUUUGAACUAACAAGUGCACGGCCUAAAAAUGAAGUUCUCAGCAACCGCCGUGUUGCUUACUCUGGCGUUGCUGAUUAACGCAGAACAGGUUUCUUACAGAAAUUACAAAGUGUACAAAAUUGAGUUCGCCACCAGAGAUCAACAAGUUCAACUGAAGCAAUGGGAGGAAAAAGACGGUGUAGACUUUUGGGAUCGCGCAGGGCAUCGAGUAAUGAUCCAUCCUGAAUUGCAACAAGAGUUCGAAAGCUUUCUGGUGUCGAAUCAAAUUUCUCAUGAGCUUAUCAUCGGUGAUGUGGAAGCAACCAUUGAAGCUGAGCGAAAAUAUGAUCAGGAAUACAGAAAAGCAAAAUUAGCUUCCGGACGUAGCACCAUUGAUUUCGAACACUUUUGGAAUACCCAAGAGAUCUAUGACUAUAUUGAUGAGUUGGCGAUUGAAUAUCCGAAUUUAGUUUCGGUUGAAGUAAUUGGUAGCACCCACGAGAACCGUGAAAUCAAGUCCAUCACCAUCACCAGCACUAGUGGCCAAGUCAACGGCACGAAACCAGUUAUCUUUAUCGACGGUGGAGUACAUGCUCGCGAAUGGGCCGGAGUCAUGUCUGUUGUGUAUCUGAUCCACGAACUGGUGGAACACAGCUAUGAAUAUGAGGAUAUGUUCGAGAAUGAUUGGGUCAUCGUUCCAGUGGCGAAUCCGGAUGGUUAUGAGUUUUCACAUACAACUAACCGCAUGUGGCGUAAGAAUCGUUUCCCAUCCUCAAUCCAGUGCACGGGAAUUGACCUGAAUCGUAAUUUCGCGUUCCAGUGGAGGCUUGGCACCAACCGUUGCUCUGACACUUUUGGGGGUAGAAUACCGACAUCAGAAAGGGAAACCCAAGCCUUGGUAGCGCUUAUGGAGCGUUAUAGAGAACAUCUGGUGCUUUACUUAGCAGUUCAUACGUACGGAAACAUGAUUCUGUACCCUUACGGAUAUGCAUGGCCGUUCGUCCCGGUUGAUAACGCUGCGGAACAUAUCACCAUCGGUGAAAAUGCAAGAGAAGCCGUCUUGGCUGUUGGUGGGCCCAACUAUGUCGUAGGUAACAGCGCCGAAGUAUUGUACAUCGCUUACGGUACGAGCGAUGACUACGCAAUAGCACUCGGUGGAUUCCAGUAUGGCUACACAUUAGAGUUGACCGGUGGCGGUAAUACAGGAUUCGAUUUGCCUGCAAGUGAGCUUCAAAGUGUUGCACAGGCUACUUUCGAAAUUUUCCGAUCAAUGUCGGAGGAUAUUUAGAAAAAUAAAGAUCUCUCUUAUAUAUCAACCUUGA